GUGCAUAACGUCGAGACUUGGCACGCACACUUGUAAUAUGAUCUGCAUUUAUCCAUUAAGAUUGUGUUUGCAAAGUUUACUGUCAUUCCAGUAAGAGAGACGUUACACCCAUUUCUUCCUUUAUCCAAACUUUCUAGACCUCCAGUGCCAUCCACGCUCCUGAAUGAUUAAUACUCCAGCUCCCCUCAUGUGUAAGGACAACAACAAGGUCGUGAUUGAGUUACAAAGCACAAUAGGAGAGAAAAAGUCAAGCUUUGUCUGAUUGUUCUUUGACAGGGUCAGAGGCUGCUCUCUCCUGAGACAGCAGGGCUGUCACUGGGCAGGGAGUGACAGCAAGGUGACUGAGGGGAGGCUCUAUAAAUUGGCGGCGCCGAGCAAACCUCUCCAAACACGCGGAGAAUCCCGUGCGCAAUUCCACUGCAGUGCAUGAGCGCAGGCUGUCACUGAUGAUGACCGCAAAAGCAGAGCUUCCGGGCUGGCCAGAGUACCCCGAGGACUUCUCCCUGCUACAACAGAAAAAUCUGGCCCACCUCAGCUCCAAAACGUGGAUUUCCUCAAAUUCGGUCCGUGGCUUUUCGCGAAGGGAAGCGCACGACGCCGCAGAGGCUGGGAUUUCACUGGAGAAACUCGGGUCAGUGGGUAGACUCCACGAGUGCGCGUCCGCAGAGGCAGGCCACGCGAGGGCAUCCGAUGGAGACAAGGGGAGCGGCUUGGGGCCUCAGAGACACCGGCGCGUCGCAGCCAACGCCAGGGAGCGCAGGCGGAUGCACGGUCUGAACAAAGCCUUUGACGAACUGCGGAGCGUCAUUCCAUCGCUGGAAAACGAGAAAAAGUUAUCCAAGUACGACACCCUACAGAUGGCGCAGAUUUACAUCACUGAGCUGUCUGAGCUGCUGGCCGGCGUGGUUCAGCAGGAGUCCAGAGGCCCUCGCUCGGGGUCAGAGAAGACCUCCAGGAGGAACUUGAUUCACUCGAUCCGGCCAGACGCGGCUGCGCAGCCAGCCAUGCUGCUGACUGGAGAGGAACAGCAACAGCAGCAGAGAGACCAAUCCAUCAACCACCUGAUCAUACUCGGACCUUCAUCUGUGAUAGAGUCCAACACGUCAGAGGCGUCCUCCAGCAGCAGUGAUGGCGAAUCCUCGAAUUUCAGCGACACGGAGGACAGUCAGACUGGGAGACAGUGACAGAGAAGCAGUUUAUUUCUAACUUGGUUCCCAGAUGUUCACAUGGCAGUGAGGCAGAGCUGCUGUUUACUCCAUGGCCGUCUCUAAUAGAUCAGAUGUUGCACUGCUGGAUUUCAAAAGUGAAGAGAACUCAUUCAUUUCUCAGAGAUCCUGACUUGGUUUCCUCUUGAUGAACUAAAAGAGGCCUACAUCUGCACUUUAAGGUCCUGAACAAUAACUUUAUCCAGAGUCAGUGGUUGGAUCCUAGCUUUUAUUUUGAAAUAAAACAAGUAUUUUUCUAUUUAAGAAUAGCUAAUCUGUAUUGUAUGAGGGAUGUUUUGUUUUU